AUGGUAUCAUCAGCUUUAAAACAAUCAAGAACUUACAAUACUCUAAUAUUUCAAAAAUUGUUGAAUCUGCGUGAUAGCGCAAGUCCCUUUACUCUGGUGCUCGACACGCUGGAGCAAAGUGGUAGGCCCCUUGUGAGAGAAUUCGGGAGACGAGCUAAGACUUUCAAGACCAGUAUUGUGUUUGUAUCGUACACCACCCCGCGUCAAAAGAUUCAAUUUGAAAUUACUGCAUUCGUCGCAGCUUAUGGAAAGUCUCUUUCUACACUGCAAGAGCAAAUUCUCUCCCAUCUUCCAGCUCCAGGCCGUAGUUCAGAUCCUGCUAAAUACCUUGUCAUAAUCGACAGUCUUGCGCCACUGGUAUCUUCUCAUGUUGAACUAUUCGCACCAUUCUUAACUUCUCUCCUCGUCUCUCCGGCCAUCUCUUUACUAGCGAGCUACCAUGCCGAUAUUCCCCUCGCCCUCUCAGGAUCGCCAUACAUGCCAGAUACUCUGCACAUGCUCUCAUAUCUAGCAACAUCGAUACUUACCGUUUCGUCGUUCCCUCAAGUUCUGGCUCGUAAGCGAGCUAGGGAUCGUAGUUUACAUGAACCCAUAUUUGGGCUCGCGGAGCAAAAGGAAGGAGUCCUAAUAGGUCCCCGGAAAAAAGAGGGUGAUAUUGCCUUAGUAGUGAACAUGGAAUAUCGCAGACGCUCUGGGAGGGCCAUCAGCGAAACAUUCGUCCUCACUUCACCCUCUAAGACCAACACAGUGCCAAAUUUUAUGGUACUUGACGAUUGUCCCAUGUAUGCCUCCUUACCCGUGCUUGAUAGCGAGAUAUCCAGCUCCCCAAACUCGAUUGAGCUGUCUCAGACGACUUUUAAUCUUACGUUGACGGAAAAGCAAAAACGCGACCGCGAAGCAGUCGUGCUCCCCUAUUUUGACGCGCAGACAAACGAUGCACAGCUUGGUGAUGGUGGUCGUAUACUCUAUCAAAUGGGCACAGAAGAUAGAGAGGAUUUCGAUGAUGAGGAAGACGAAAUUUGA